AUGGGAAACUGUUUGAAUGGAAACAACAUUAAAAGAGAGGUCCAAGAAGAACAAGAAGUCAAGAAAGAUUACAACAAAAAAGAUCGGAAAGUGAAGAUUGUUUUGAGAAGAGAUGAGUUAGAGAAACUCAUUCUUUUCCAGUUAAACGCUGGCGGUGACGUCAAAGGCAAAGGAGAAACAACUUUGGCUUCUUUCGGCGAUUUUCUCAGGGAACUAGAGGCGGAGAGGUUUGCCGGAGAAGCAGCAGCAAAGGCAGCCGAGGAAGAGGAAGAGUCUCGCAGGAGAUGUCGGAAGUGGAGACCGUCGUUGGAGAGAAUUACUGAAUGGUCUGAAGAAACACUAUAGUAAUCACUUUUAAAUCCUUUUAGAUAAUUAAUUAAGGUUUUAUUUAAGUUUCUUUUCCUAAGAUAGGAUUUUUUGUGGGGGAGUUUGCAUUCGCUUGUUUUUUACCUCUCUUUUUUUCCGAUGGAUUUUUUCCACCUGAGAAAUGUUUUGUUCUCAAGGUGAGAUAUCUUCGGUGUUUGAAACUGGCAAAUGCUUAUUUACCCCAUAGAAAAUCCAAAAAAAAAAAAGGAAGUUAUGUAUUGCAUUUUCUUCUCUCAUAUGUAUAAGGUUCAGUGUGUAAAAGUGUCAAACAUAAAU